GCCGGGUGUGCUUGUCAGACACUGCUUUUCAGCACCAGCAGUACUCGACGCUCAGGUGGAGGACGGAAGUGAAACUCGGCAACAGGUUCAGGAACGUCACAUAGUACAUGCGUUGUAUUCCUAUGUCGGCAACUGGGACCCGUUGUACCGCAUGCCUCAGUGGAGGAGAAGAAUCUGCCUUCCGACACAUGCGGGCAAGGACCAGCAGCCAAGUCCGGGAUUUCGUAGACGAGGUCGGCAUCGCAAACCAGUUUCCGGCCUUGAACGAGGGGAACUUAGGCGUGAUCACCCUCGUACUGUGCAGACGACCUGCUUGCUUGCUGCAGCUGUACAAAAAGCACGAGCAAAGGGCUAGCAAGGACCGGAGUAAAGACCGGCGAGCGCGCAGGGCAGCUCGGACGCCUCGCCAUGCCAAGGGUUGGGUUGGUGCUCCUGAACCUCAAACGCACCUGAAGCGUCGGUGGCUUGAUAGGUACUGCACUUCGCCUGGGGCGGUGGAUGCUUUGCUGGGUGCUGUGGGUAUCACGGGAUGCGUUUUGGACAUGUGCGGUGGGCCUAGGGACGCCGUCGCGACCCGUCUUCAAUCCACGUGCGAAGUUCUCACCAACGACGCGUCCAGCGGAUACCAACCUUGACGCAAGCUUGGAGUCCUUCCCGGAAGACUUUCUCGCAGCUAACUCCGGGAAAAGGCCUGAGUGGGUGGUGACUAGCCCUCCAUACAACAAUGCUCUGACUUUUGUCAAGGCCGCC